CCUCUCUCUCUCUCUACAUCUCUCUAUCUCUCUCUCUCUCUCUCUCUCUCUCUCUCUCUCUAGGACAUUAUAAGACAACAUGUCUCGUCGUGAAGAAGAGUUCCUGUCUUCGCCACUCAUCGUCGCAGAGCAGAAGCACUGUAAAGACGAAGAAGGAGAAAUAUGUGAGAGUCUGAACAAGAACUCGAGCACCUCUGCUCUCUCCAAGACUUGUUUCCAUGGCAUCAACGCCUUAUCAGGGGUCGGCAUAUUGUCAGUUCCAUAUGCAUUAGCAUCGGGAGGAUGGCUAAGUUUGAUUCUACUGUUCCUCAUGGCGGCCGUAACGUUCUACUGCAGCAUCCUCAUCCAAAGAUGCAUGGACAUGGACCCUCUUCUCGCGUCUUACCCCGACAUCGGCCACAAAGCCUUCGGAAAAACCGGAAGACUCAUCGUCUCCAUCUUCGUCAACCUCGAACUCUACCUCGUCGGAACAAGCUUCCUGAUCUUGGAAGGAGACAACCUCGACAAACUUUUCCCCUCUGUCGGUUUCCACCUCUUUGGUCUCCAUCUCGGCGGUCGACAGAUGUUCGUCCUUCUCGCCGCCCUCUUCGUUCUUCCCUCCGUCUGGUUGGACGAUCUCAGGAUCCUCUCUUACGUUUCCGCCAGCGGUGUGUUCGCUUCCGUCGUGAUUCUCGCUUCGGUUUUCUGGGUCGGGGCCUUUGACGGGAUCGGAUUCAAGAACAGCGGAUCAAAGAUGUUCGAUCUCAGAGGAAUCACAACUUCUUUGAGCUUAUACGCGUUUUGUUACUGCGCCCACCCUGUUUUUCCUACUCUCUACACUUCCAUGAAGAACAAACGCCAGUUCCCACUCGUCAUGAUCGUGUGUUUCACGUUAUGCACGUUUACGUACGCAUCAAUGGCGAUUCUUGGCUACUUAAUGUUUGGUUCGGAGGUCAAAUCGCAGAUAACGUUGAAUCUCCCAACGCAGAAGCUAAGUUCAAGAGUGGCGAUCUACACCACGCUGGUGAAUCCUAUCGCCAAAUACGCUUUAAUGGUGACACCAAUCAUAGACGCGGCGAGAAACCGGUUACCCGGUUCAUGGCCAAACAAGAGAACCGCCGGUUUGUUUCUGGGUACAGCAUUGGUUAUCAGCAACGUGAUCGUGGCGUUGCUUCUCCCGUUCUUCGGCGAGCUCAUGAAUUUGGUCGGAGCUUUCUUGAGCACGACGGCUUCGGUUGUAUUGCCUUGCCUGUGUUACCUGAAGAUCUCGGGGAGAUACAGAAGAUUCGGGAUCGAAACCAUGGUUCUAAUCGGUAUUAUACUGAUGGGCAUUGUGGUUGUGAUAACCGGAACUUACCAAUCGGUUAAGGACAUACUCGGUCGCCUUUGAAGUGAUCUGGUGAUUAAUAGUAUGAAUGAAUUCACUUUGCGCUGGGUACGUAGCUUUAGGUUAUUAAUUCGAUUGUUUUUCUCUUUUGUUAUACUUUGCUUAUAUUCUUGGGGAAAAUACCAGUGAGGAUAAGAGAUUAUAAUA